CUGUACCACAGUGGGUUAAAUUAAAUUGCCAUUAUUGUUUGUUCGUUACACCCCGUCGCCACGAUCUCUUCAGAGGACCACCCUCUGACUAAUUUUUAAGUUUAAUCUAGCUAAUUAUAAUGACUAUGGGGCUGAUAACCCUCAUACAGUAGGUGUUGCGUAUAAAGGGAGGGACACUUUACGUACAAGUUCCCGCUGUCCGGCGCUUGACCAAUGAUAAACCAGCAUAUUAAGACGGACAAGUAAAGUAGCCAAUGAGAGCGCGGUGACUCUCUCAGCGCGACCGUGUCUUUCUGCAGGAGAUUUAUUUUUCUGCUGCUGAAUUGCGUUUUGCGGCGAGUGUUUAUGAGAAUGGAUGUGAUCGAUGUGGUCAUUAAAGACGAGUUUGGAGACGGUAUCAAGGAGGAAUAUGACGAUACAGUUGAAAAUGGGGAAUCAUCCGGUUAUAAAGUUGAACACGACGAGACGAUUGAAGUGGGAGAUUCCUCUCCCGAAAGUGACGCUUCCAGCGUGGAUUCCAAAGGAGAGUUGCUCGAUGACCUGGAUCUCGUGUUGGACCAGUUUUCAUAUCCGGAAGAUGCUGAUGCUGACUGGAAUCCAGAAGUCACCCCACGAAAGAAGAGGAGAACCGGUCAGUCUUCAAUCUCACCAUCGCCAGCAACAUCUAGCAGAACUGCUUCCCCUUCUUCUGGACAAAGAAAGAAAGGGAAGGGUAGGAAAAGCAGUAAAAAGGCUCCGGGAAACACGCCGGCCAAAACGAGAGCUCAGAAGCGCCUCAACUCCUUUAAGAAGAGGAGUGCCGAGUGGGCAAAGGGGAUGAGGCGCAACAGAAAUGUCAGCCAUUUUUUAGAUGACAUUGAGGUCACAAUGGAGAAAAUGAAGGCCCUUGGACUCAGACCCCUUUUAUUUUAUGGGGUCUAUAAUGAUAAAACGUCAAAAUACAACACAAAGUUCAUCCACCCAUACAGCAUGUCAAAUGAGACGGAAGCGAUGCUGAAAAAAAUGAACAUGCUGUACAAUGUUCUUUUACAAGCAUGGACUCCAGAGGAUGAGGGCAGUAGGCGUGGAGAGAAGAGGAAGAGGAAGGGGACGAAAGGAAACCAGAGGCCUGAGUCAGGAGUGGAGAGGGCUGCUGCACAUCUGAGGGGAGAGGAGAGAGCUGUCGAGCCUCCAAUUUCAGUGGAUGUUACAGGGACAGAGGAACAUUCGUGUGUUUAUCCGGUGAAGAGAGGCUCAUGAGGCUGAAUUCUGUCAUCAAUGGCUCUGAUGCGCACCAUCUGGAUGUUGGGGUCGAUCUCCAGGUUGAGGGGCGCCAGAAGGCUCUUGUUGACGGAGACACUGGCCAUUGGAGGCCCCAAAUAUGCCGAGCUGGUGCUGAAACUUGGAGCGGAUGCUCCUAGCGAGAUCCCACUUAAACUGCUGUAGCCGAAACCUCCCAUCCUCACGGAGCUGCUGGAACUGAUGCGUUUGUUUCUCAGACUCAUCGUUGGGUUGUGACGAGAGAAACUGAACUGAUGUUUCAGAUGAGAACAGCUGGGCAGACCUGAGCACGACGGGUGUCUCUCUCUGUGCGGAGAGGCUGGGCUUUUAAAGUCCAACCAGGAUGGGGUGGAGAGUCCCUAUUGUGGGAAAACCUGUUUCAGAUUGGACACAGUGUUGGCUUUAUCUGAGCUCCCGGAUCGGCAGUGAACACACACCCUCUCAGUUUCUCUUUCUUACUGUUACUGUUCUCAUAUAGCUUCUAAAUGUUUAAUGUGGCCCAUGUCAGCAACAAGUAACUGCAUGCCCUAAUAAACGCAUUUUCCAAAAAAAAAAAAAA